CAUAAAUUAGCAUUAAUUUUUCCAACAAUGAGAAUCUUGUGGAUUCAAUCAAAUAUAUGUGACUUUUUUUUUUUUAACAGGGAUAACUUAUUUAAUUAUUAAAAAAAAAGUGCAGUAGGGAUAAAUCUGGUAAUUCACAUCACAUUUGGGGCCAACACUAGACCAACCCAUUUGAAGCCCACUUUCUGGGAACCACCACAUGACCAAUAGCCCACAACCACUCUGCUAUUCCAACGGUAACUUUUCACUGUCUUCUUCCUUCCUUGUCCCUUCCCCCAUACCUUCAAAUCAGAAGAAGAAAAGGAACGAAAGCAAAGAAAGAUUCAAGCUUUCGAGCUGUAUCAGAUUCAGAACUCAGGAGAAAUGAAUAUGCAGUCUUGGGAAGAUGACGAGGAGGAGAAGCAGAGGCUGAUCAAAGUUGUGGAGUAUUUGGAGCCAGUGAUGGCCAAAGAGCUUCUCUGCAAAUUCCCUGACAAUUCCGCUUUCGAUUUCGAUUACUCACAGAGCACCAUCUGGUCCCCGUUGGUCCCGCGCCAUUACAACUCCAUGGAUUUGGAUGCAAUCACCCCCAUCAAGCUUCCUUCUGAUUCUGAAAUGGCGUUGGAGCAGACCCAGAAGAGCAGUUUGAAGAAAGCCACCUCCAACCUCAAGAAGAAGCUCCUCUUCAAUGGCUUCACUGUCAAUUUCGGCCUCUCGAAAAGCGGCAGGAAGGUUAAGAGGAUGAAGAACAAGAAAAUGGCGUCUGAUUUCUCCCCCACGCCCCUGCAACUGCAAGGUUCUUGCUAUCCCAAUAAUAAAAAGGGAUGGAGCAAGUUACUGAAAGCUGCCACCAAGCAUUUCAAGAAGAAGAAGAAGAAGGAUCCCGCAUCUCAAAUGAAACUCCAUUUCUAAUCACUGAUUCAUACUCUGUAUUCUUUUUUAUUUCGUUUUUCUUGUUUUGUAAGAACAAGAUAUAUGUAAUUAUCAUUCUCUAAACUGUUUCCCUUU